UGGUGCUUCCGUUUCUCGCCAUUUCUCUCCACUAAUCUUUUUGUCUCCACGCAUCCUCAAUCUCUCUUAACUUCUUGUUUUUUCCUUCUUCCUUAAUGUCCCUCAGCCUACUCCCGCCACGUUGAACUUAGUAGCCCUGCGCGCGCCACCAUUUCCUACUGACGAAUCCUAGCCUUAAAUAACAUAUUGCUUGAUUGAUCCCUUCGCAGUACGAACCUCCAAUUCUUUCGACCACGCGUGCGACUCCCGAGCGAGACAUGAGUAAUUUUCAUAACCCUUAGUGACGUGCUGAUACCCGCAACCGCAACCGACGCUUACCCGAAACUUGCGGAUACCAACCCCUAUGGAAUGGGGGACUCGGUAUUGGGUUUGACAUAAAUUCGAUCACUCAACCGGAUAGUUCUUGGUUUUGGAUUAGAUACAAAUACCGCCGAUAUGCCUGGAAUUCUGCCUAUGAAAGUCAUCAAGGUGGGCACCAGCUCGCAGAGCCGCAUCGCCCAGGCUUGUGAUAGAUGUCGAAGCAAGAAAAUUCGUUGCGAUGGCAUCCGCCCCUGUUGCUCGCAGUGCGCCAAUGUCGGAUUCGAGUGUCGCACUAGCGACAAACUAAGCCGGCGCGCAUUUCCUCGAGGCUACACCGAAUCGCUGGAAGAGAGGGUGAGGCAAUUAGAAUCUGAAGUUAGGGAAUUGAAGGAUUUGUUAGACGAAAAGGACGAGAAGAUCGAUAUGCUGUCGAGGAUGCAUGACCACCGCCAACCAUCUAUCGGAUCUGUCGGGAGCCCAAGAUCGGUAGAACCGAGGAGAGAUGCCACUUCACCGGCCAAGGAAGACGUUUUUCGUGUGCAGGCCUCACCGUUGUUACUCGGCGUGGAAAAUUCGGACUCUUAUUUCAUGGGACCUUCAAGUGGACGCUCUUUCAUUGAGUCCUUUAAACGGAAACUCCAGGAAAACGGGAAGCCGUGUUCCGACUUCAAUCCAGAGGCUUUUCUUCAUAUUCAAGGGUGCUACCCCCUAGUCACCAAACCACCUUCUCAAUCAAUGAGAAUACCACCACGCCUGUUCUCGGACAGAUGCGUAAACGUUUAUUUCCAGGAAUGGGCACCGCUAUUUCCCGUCCUUCACAAACCGACAUUUCUCCGCCUAUACGAGGAGUUCGUUGCCGAUUCGGAGAAGGUGAAAAAUAACCAUAAGCUCGCACAACUUUAUCUAGUUUUCAGCAUUGCCGCUCUCUCGAGUGAUUUGCCCGAUAUGGAGCAGAUUGCCGCCUGCGAGGCCCAGUGGCAAAUGGCCCUCGAUGCAAUUCUUAUGGACAACACAAUGAUCACACUGCAGUGCUUAGUCCUUGCAUUGAUGUAUUGCACGAUUAGAGCUGAUUACAAGCGAUUGCAACAUUAUAAAGGCGUCGCAGUCGGGUUAUCCCACAGAUUGGGGUUACAUCAAAGCCAGAAAAGAUUCUCAUUCGGUGCCCUGACAAUCGAGACCCGAAAGAAAGUGUUCUGGACUCUCUACACCCUUGACUGUUUCUCUGCUGCUAUGCUUGGACUUCCCAAGUUAUUAAAGGAGGACGACAUCCACGCCGAAUAUCCGUCAGAUACCGACGAUGAAUAUGUUACAGAGAAGGGUUUCCAGCCCACCCUACCAGGGGAGUAUACUAGGCUGUCAAGCGCGUUAGCAUUAUUCAGAGUAUCUCGCAUUCUUGCCAAUGUGCUUGAGAAAAUUUAUCCAGCCGCCACAUCUUACGAAUUAUCGCUUCAACAGAUUGCAACGUUAGAUGCGGAGCUCUCCGAUUGGUACGAAAAUUUGCCUACUCACCUUCGGCUGAACUUUGCGCAAGACAAGCCAUCAACGGAUAUCACUGGAAGUAGAUCCCCGAUUCUGGCCUUGGCAUACUACUAUGUCCGGGGACUCAUCCACCGCCCUGCCGUAGGCUCAACUUUAGGAGUCAAAGCUGCGCCGGCUCUUAUUGCUGUUGGAGAGUCCAGUAAGCAUAUUGUGCAGAUUAUCCAGCUCCUAGAAGAGAGAAGCAUGUCUUUCUCGUUCUGCCUCAACAAGACAGAUGUACUUGUUCUUUGUGGAACGAGUCUACUCUAUCAAAGUUUGGAUCUCAAGCACGAGAGUAAACUUAUGAAGGAUAUUGAACGGCUCGUCAAUGCUGUAGUGAAGAUAUUACUUAGGACGAAAGCCCCUGGUACGUACGACCUUAAGCGGGUUGCGUCAUUGCUCAUCACUAUCGACGUGCCAUCUCAAAUCACGUCGAUGCGAACUAGCCCGGAUACCGCCAUGGCUGCUCCCCCAGCAAGGACGUCACCACUAUUGAGUCUCUCAAGAAAGAAGUCACCUUACAACGCUGGUCGAAAUACCGGCGCAAGUAUGAGUGAAACAGAUUUGCUGUCCCAACAAGAGAAAUUACGUCGUAUGACCCUGCCGAAUGGUCAGGGCGCCCGGCCAGAAAUGCAUCGCACACAGUCCCGCGCUUCACUUGAUGUGAACGGGGAACAAGUGAUGCCACGGCGAGACCAUCGUUUCUCGAUAUCCCAAAUCCAGCAAACUAUGAUGCGUAUGUCGCCUACACAUAAAUCCAAACAACGAAAUCUCGAUUAUCUUUCGCUUAAUGAAGCGCAAAACAAUUCCCAGGCUUCACAGUCACAGAAUCGAAACCCGUCGCAACCGAUGGCUCAUGAUCAGCAACAACCACAAACGCAGGUAUAUCCUUCGAACCAGGUAGUGAAUAAAGGUGGUUCCAGCGGAGGUGUAUCGAUAUCUGAAUGGGAGGCGUUACUUGGUGCGAUGGAUGGGGGCCAAAUCAACGUGUACGACGCAAUAUACGGAGGGCCAUCCCUAUCUCUUGCGGAGACUCCCACCAGUACGGCUACAGCUCUUGGUGAAUGGUCUCCGGAUUCGUGGGACCUUUCCAGUUUUAAUAUCGGCGAAUUAACAACCAAUCCGGGCGCACCACAGAGUGUGCUUAGUAUCAGUGACGAUAGCCUUAGCUCCGGGGACGAUCUCACCUCGAGUGAUAUGUAUCUAAGGAUGGGAAGCGAGGAUUAUCAAAACGGAAUGAUGCCACCACCACGAACGAGUCACGAUGGUAACUUGGUAUUAGAAGGUCUCGAACUAAACCUAGGGGGGAUCUGAGCUUUUUAUUUGCUAUUUUUGGAUAUUCGAAUGCGGGUUCGCAACGAUCAUUUUAUCAUUUACAACUACAAUCUACAAUAACCUUUCCUUGGGUACGCGGCGUCGAUAUAUAGAGAAGGACUGUACUUGUGCGGCAAUAUUCGGAUACGAAUUGCGUGAUCUCUAGGAACUGUGUAUGGGUGGGACACUGGCUCUAGGUGUUACGGGGGCUGAUUACGAAGCCUUUGGUGUGGCAUUCUGUGCGGAUUUUCUUGGGCAAUUUGCGUUCAGGCCUAUAUCUAUAUGGUCUGCUUCUCGUCGACUCGGCUAUCUUUUUACAUAUGUUAAUUUUCUAUGUAUCUUUCAGUGCUUUUUAUAAAAAGCUAUUAUAUAGAAGUAUGAGUCGUGUCUAUACGAGAGUUGGGUUGAAUAGGAGAAGAGGGAGAAAAAAAUACUUUUGAAAUAUUCUGAUAUAUUUGUCGGUACAUGCGAAGGUACAUAGCUAAGAGGUAUAUGUAGUAUGCAGCAUAACAUCCCGGGUAUGCUCAAUGACGACGCCUACGAAGAUAAUCGUGCAAGCCACGUGUUGAGCAAUAUGUGAUAUUCGUGGGAUUAGUUCAGGCUGAAUUACGAAGAAGGUGCCUCGAAUAGAUUGAAGCCUUAGCCUUAUUUACCACGGAGUUGGAGACUAAGAGUUAGACUGCUUGAGAUACAUGUGGUUUAUGAUAUACAUACCUGGGUACAUGAU